AUGUCUUCUAAUGAAGAGAGUCUCCGAUGCCGUUAUUUCUUGAACGAUAUUAAGGGGCUGAGUGAGAUGAAGCAAGCAAUCGCAUCGGAACUCUUCCCUAUACCGCAGGACCUACACGCUGCCCUUCAUUCCCUCUUCGAAAACCUGCGUGAUGAGCACACACCUCCUUUAGUCAAACAGGAAAUUGAGAACACAUUCAGAAAUACUUCACUGCAACAAAAGAUCGAAGGCUCCUGCAAACUUUCCCGCAGUCACCACGACGAAAACUCCCAUCAACAUAUGAUGGACGACGACGCCCCCCAUGAUCUGGCAUCGUGGUCUUUCAAACAUUGCUCUUUGUGCUCCAAUGGACUCUUGGACCAUAAAAUGAUUCAGCCUUCUUCGUACCUCUUUUGGAUUGCCUUCAGAAGUGAAAGGACUAACUUAUCGCACCGACUUCUGUCUUUGGUUGAACCCGAGGAUCUUCUGGUUCCUUUUGCGACGGGUAUACUACACGGUGUUGAAUACACCAUGUUCCAAGUGGCUACGUGGAAGCCGGAAUGGUUUCAAAUCUGCUGGAAACGGCUUCAACCAUUACGAAGCAAGGCUAUUGCUUCACUAGGGUCAAAUGAAAAGCGAGCAAUGUUGCAGUGGGCUGACGUCGAACUUGUCGAUUGCUUAUUCAAAGACGGCCUAGAUAUCGGGAAUCUUGAUCCCGAUCAUCCCUCCCUGGUUUGGCUGGAGACAAUGAGUCGAGGGAACCCAGAACCAAUGUUGGAGUGGCUUCUGAACCGCGGCAUCCAACGCCCUGAAAAGCUCUUGGUGCACGCCACAAGAUUCAACUACAUUGGUGCGGCACGCUGGAUGAUGGGUCAUAACAAGUACUCCCAGGACUGGCGUGAGGCUGCUGUAGGAGCUGCAAAGAGUACCGACUACGGAAGUGCGGAAUUAAUGGCAAUCAUUUUAGAGGGCUCUGUUACGAAGUUAGCAGAAAAUCCUGAAGUGUCGCAAAACCUGGUGAUAACUGUUGUUGAAAGGGCGUGCUUAGAGGUUAACAAGGCGCGGUCGGAUGAAAUAUCAGGAGAUGAGAUACUGCGGCGAAUCACGGAGAAGGAACUGCUUGCCGUUAGAAAAAUUGAAGCUCUGGGUAGGUUAGCCGGAGCAGUUGAUGUUGUUGGUACCAAAGUUAUGGCCAGUGAGGCUAAGCUGGAUGGCCUUUUACAGGCCUUGGAGAAUAUGGAAUUGUAUUGA